UAAUCCAGUCUUUACAACAGUUUUUAAAGUCAUUUUGGUGUAAAAUUUGUUUUCUUUUAGCAACGAUAUUUUCAGCGCGAGUAACACAGAAGUACAUCCGGAAGAAAGGGAAGGGACGAUUUUAUAUCAUCUGAUGCGCGUCACUGCGAUAAUUUUAUUGGCUCAUAGAUAGGGAGUUUUAAUUAAUGUUAAGUGUCUGUCAUUGUUGGUAGUAAGCGAGCUAGCUGGCUGAAAUCUAGCUAGCUAGCUAGCUUGGAAAAAUAGUCCGCCUUGUCAUGUUCUGUUAUGUUCGCUUCGCGCAGCUGAUAUAAUAGUGUAGCCAGGAUACGUAUUACAAUAUACGUGCGUGCGGGAAAACAAGCUUGUAAACAGACAGAUACCUUGUUAGCCACUGAUGCUGAAGAACACUAACGUUAGCUAACGUUAACCCUACAGGUCACUGCAACUGAGUUGUUACAAUUGUAUCCAGUUGCAGAUUGCUAGCAACAAGCUAGCUGGCUUGCGACAGUUUGUGUCGAAGUAGAAAAUACGGAAAUGGCAUCUACGUAUGGCCGACACCAAUUAAUUGACUGGAGUUAAUGGAAAAGAAAUUCAAGUUUCGGGCGGCAAUGAUUGUCUGAUACACAGCAUUUUGUUGACUUUAUAUACCUAGAAAGUAAUUAUUACAGAUAACUUCGCUGAUAUUUUAUGCGAGUCUAUUUGGGUCGUGUAACCCUUGCAAACAACGAGACGAGCUUAUGAAGAUUAGUCAAAACAGCAGGAUGUCAAAGGGAUUUACGGUGGUCAUAAGUGAAAAACAAAACAAUGCCUGCCAUCAAUACCAGACAAUUCGAGAUGAUCUCCUGCACUUUAUGCCAAAAAACUAGUAAUCGGUAGUGUGCAUUUCUACUGCUUUACGUGGUAUAGUUUAGAUGAUAAGGUUAUACACCGGAAGAGAAAUCUAUUCAGCUUGCUGUUCGAUUGUGAAAUAUAAGUUACUUUACAUUUCAUAAGCACUAUGUCUGGAGACAGCAGCAGCAGUAGUGGAGAGGACUCUGAUAAAGAGACCAGGAAGAAAGUAUGUACUGUCAAACACGAAAUCACUAAUGCAAACCUUACAGGGUACACUGAAAAAGUGGGUGUGGAGAACUUUGAACUUCUGAAAGUGCUGGGCACUGGAGCUUAUGGAAAAGUGUUCCUCGUGAGGAAGACAAGUGGUCAUGAUGAAGGGAAGCUUUAUGCUAUGAAGGUGUUGAAGAAAGCAGCCAUUGUACAAAAGGCAAAGACUGCCGAACACACACGGACUGAAAGACAAGUUUUGGAGCACAUUCGUCAGUCUCCCUUUUUAGUUACACUGCACUAUGCCUUCCAAACGCAGACGAAAUUGCACCUUAUACUUGACUAUGUUAGUGGUGGGGAGAUGUUUACCCAUCUUUACCAACGAGACCACUUCUCUGAAGAUGAAGUUCGGAUCUACAUCGGAGAGAUCAUCCUGGCCUUGGAGCAUCUGCACAAGCUUGGCAUUGUGUACCGGGACAUCAAACUGGAAAAUAUCCUGUUGGACAACGAGGGGCAUGUGGUGCUGACUGACUUUGGCUUGAGUAAGGAGUUCCUGGAGGAAGAGCAGAAAGAGAGGACCUACUCGUUCUGUGGCACUAUUGAGUACAUGGCGCCUGAGAUUAUCCGUGGGAAGUCGGGACAUGGCAAGUCGGUGGAUUGGUGGAGUUUGGGGAUCCUCAUGUUUGAGCUGCUGACUGGAGCUUCGCCGUUCACCUUGGAGGGCGAGAGGAAUACGCAGAGCGAGGUGUCCAAGCGGAUCCUGCGCUGCGAGCCCCCGUUCCCGUCCAUCAUCAGUCUCCUGGCGCAGGACCUCCUGAGGAAGCUGCUGGUCAAAGACCCUCACAAGCGACUCGGCUCAGGACCCAAGGGUGCUGACGACAUCAAGACUCAUCCGUUCUUUAAGAGGCACACACGCACACACACACACACACACACACACACACACACACACACACACUGCACUGUACACUUCAUUAAUGAAAUAUUCACAUGUAACAUGCAGGGGCUCAACUGGUCAGAUCUGGCCGCCAAAAAAGUUGCCAGCCCCUUCCGUCCUGAGCUGCGGAAUGAGCUGGACGUGGGGAACUUUGCCGAGGAAUUCACCGGGAUGGAUCCAGUCUACUCACCCGCCAGCACCCCUCCCAGUACUGACCGUCUUUUCCAGGGUUACUCCUUCAUCGCACCGUCCAUUCUGUUCAACAAAAACGUUGUCAUGGGGGACUUCCUGGAGAACCAGGUGAAGGUGGACAAGCCAGGGUCAGCCACGGUGCAGCGCAGUGCAAUGCUAAAGGACUCUCAGUUCUUCCAGCACUAUGAGCUGUGGCUCCAGGGCCCUCCGCUGGGGGAAGGCAGCUUCUCUGUGUGCAGGAAGUGCCGACACAAGCAGAGUGGCCAGGAGUACGCCGUCAAAAUCGUCAGCCGUAGGAUGGAGUCGAUGACACAAAAGGAGAUAGCGGCCCUGAGGCAGUGCGAGUCUCAUCCCAAUAUUGUCAAACUCCAUGAAGUUUACACCGACCAGCACCACACGUACCUGGUGAUGGAGCUGCUGCGUGGCGGGGAGCUGCUGGAGCGCCUCAAGCGGAAGAAGCUGUUUGCGGAGUGGGAGGCCAGCAAGCUGAUGAGCAGCCUGGUGUCGGCCGUCAGCUUCAUGCACGAGGCCGGCGUGGUGCACAGGGACCUCAAGCCAGAGAACGUGCUGUUUGCGGAUGAGGGCGAGGACGCGGUGCUGAAGGUGAUCGACUUUGGCUUCGCCCGGCUGUUCCCGGCGGGCAGCGCUCCCCUGCAGACGCCAUGCUUCACUCUGCAGUACGCCGCCCCGGAGCUCUUCCACUCCACCGGCUACGACCAGGCCUGCGACCUCUGGAGCCUCGGCGUCAUCCUGUAUACCAUGCUGUCGGGACAGGUUCCCUUCCAGACCGAAAAGAAGGGCAUGACCUCGUCACACGCCGCUGACAUCAUGAAGAAGAUCAAAGAGGGAGACUUCUCAUUGGAUGGAGAGGCGUGGAGAGGCGUGUCAGAAGAGGCCAAAGAGCUUGUGAGAGGCUUAUUAACGGUGGAUCCCGAACGUCGUCUGAAGCUGAGCGAUCUGAAGGAGAACGGCUGGCUCCAGGGCGGGGCCAACAUGUCGUCCACCCCGCUGUGCACGCCCGAUGUGCUGGAGUCCAGUGGCCCCACCGUGCGCACUUACGUCAACGCUACAUACAAGGCAUUCAACCGGGGGAAGCGAGAGGGCUUCUUCCUGAAGAGUGUGGACAACGCCCCUCUGGCCAAGCGCCGCAAGCUGAAGAUGACCAGCACUGGGGUUGAGACCCGGCGUAGCUCCUCUUCCUCAUCCUCUUCCUCCUCCUCGUCCUCCACAGCAGCAGCAGCGGCGGCGGCAGCAGCAGCCACGCUGGCCAAGGCCCCGCUGCGGCAGACUGUCCCCCCGAACUCUGACCCCUGAGUCGGCCUAUGGCUAGAGGCCUCUGAGCGUGCCCCCUCCCUCCCUCCCACUACUACUACCACCAUCACCCAAGCUGAAGAACCCUACAGGGCUCCAGUGUGACUGAAUCACCGAAGGAGUCAAAACUCUUUUUAAAUCACACCAAUAUCCAAAUUACAGACAUGUAAUUGUGGCGUAAUAUGCCGUUUGGGCAGUUACAUGGUCUGACCGCAAAGGGCUUAAAGUAUGCACUCAUUCUGAAUGGAUAUGUGAAGUCUGUUUAUUUUUUGGCCAACCUUGGGGUUAGCAAGAGAGUGGAGACAACUGUUGUAUAUUUUAAGCAAAAAAUUUUAAUUGUUCAAAAAUUGGUGUCGAAUUGUUAUUCGCUGUUGUUGACGUUGGCGCUUCUUUGAACCCGCUGGUCGAAAAUCGUUCCUGCGCUGAUUGUGUCGUCUGCAUGUUACCAGUGUUGAACUGCCGAACCCUUUAGUCUCGUUUAUUUUUCUUUUAGUUUGUUUUGUAUCGUUUGCCCUUACGAUUGAAUGUACCUUUAAAAGAGUGGAGUUUUUCUAUGGCACCGCGGUGCUUUUUAAAAAAUAUUAAAAAGGGACAUUUUGAAGAUAGAUGGGAAAAGAAGCCAUUGGAGAGUUGAAGCCAUAGGUACUGAGAGGAGAGGACCUUUGUGUGGACCCCAGACUAUAGACCAUCUAAUAGGGGGCAGGGUAAGAGUAGCUAUGGCACAUAAGCAGCGUUUUACAUCAAGGGUGGCUUUCAGACAGUUUCAGAGGCUUGAUGACAGAUUGUUUUUUUUACUUGUUCCAUCGACAACAGCAAAUAACGACUAGGUCUGAUUGUCUGGGUCAGGCGUACAAUCUUUCUCCAUGUGCCAUUGUGAGCUUACUAAGUGCAUGCCUCUCAGUAUAAUGUGGUGAAUACUCUCAACAGCAAUUGUUAAUAUUCAGUGUUCCUAUGACUGAACCCUUUGCUAACAACUCCCUGCUGUGCUUUCAUGGUGCUAUCGGAUCAGUCUGUGAUACCACGAGCCCUCUGUAUCCCUCCAGAGUCCUUCGAAGUGUGUGUGUGUGUGUGUGUGUGUUCGCUCGCUUGUGAGCACCCCUUUACAGGCGCCCUGCCACCCCUCCCCCUCGCCAUGGGAGCGUGAGGCGCUGCCGGACUUCUGCUGCUGCAGGCGGGGUGAUGCAGUGCUGGUCACCAGAGUCCAGGCCACGAGUAGACUGGACUCUGCACGUGUUUUUAAAAAAUAACAAAACAAAGGGCUCCAUCAUGCAUCCCAGGCUGGGUACAGACAGUGACUCCACACACACACUAACACACUCCCAGUCCUUUUGACCCCCAGCUGGAGAGAUGAUGGUCUGAGGGAGAGGGAUGGAAAGAAGGAGAGAGAGCAAGAGAAGGGGAGAGAGAAUAACAGAGGGAGAGGGGCUGACAGAGGGAGAGAGAGACUGAACGAGAGAGAGACUGACAGAGAGAGAGAGAGAGGCAGGAGAGAGAGACUGACAGAGGGAGAGAAAGAGAAAGAGACUCCACUUGUCUGCCUGCAGGUGACCAUAUGCCACCAGCCACCCACCCACUGUGUUGAAUGUCUUGCAACCCUGUUCCUCCUCAAUUUAAUACUUGCAUUAAAAAAACACAACACUGAAUCUGUGUGAGCGCUGAGGGGAGCAGAUCCAGGGGUCUCUUCAUAUGGAUGUCUUUCUCCAUACACUGAUAGGAUACCUACUGGAGUUUUUCAUUACAAAGGAACACUUUUGCCAAGGACAAGGAUAUUGUUGUGUGUGAUCAACAUUUUCUUGAAUGUCUCUUUGGAAAUUUUAAUGUAGUACCUGGUUUAUGAGAUGAUUGCAUGCAUAUUUAUAGAGUUAUGAUCACAUUUGCAAGGGCGGUGUGUGUAAUUUUUUUUUUUUUUCUUUUUUUUUUUUUAAGCUUCGGCACUGGUUGAGAUGCCUGUAUAAAAAUCAUGAGACAGCAUGUGGUCAAGAGGGCCAUCUUUAUCAGAGAGUGCAUCAGAGUCGGGUUGUGGCCUGACAUCCUGGUCUUACACAUGUCAAUCAUGCUCUCUCGACUGUGGUCUCACCAUUUGUAUCAGACACCAAAUGAAUUGUUUUUAGUAUUAUCGGAAAUGGGAUUCUCGAGCAAGAUGGUUAAAUGACACUGGUCAUUUAAAAGACAGUCAUUUGUAGUUACUCUUUUUUUUAUUGGUCAAUCUUCAAGUCGCACAAUUUUAAUCUUUGAAAAUAUGUUUUCUUUUUUUUAUCAGCUUUAACUUGCUUAACCUUUAGUAUUUAUUGCCUCUGUUCUGCCUCCGUGUUCUGUUGAUGUUUCGGUAAUGGUUCUCUGUCCGGCGCCUCGUGCUCAUUCAUGUUGAGUAAUUAUGUAAUUCUAUGGUAUGUCUUGCUGCCUUGUGCUGCAUCAGUAAAAAAGACAUCUAUUGUGAAAUUAUGGAACUGUGCAUUUCUGAUUUUAGAUAUUUUUUCACACAUAUAAUUGUCAAUGAUUUUAUGUCUACAGUUUAAAAUAUGAGAACGCUACUUUUUUGACUAUUAGUAACUGUUUUGUGUUAUUGUUCUGUCAUGCAUGUACUUUUUUCAUUUAAAUAACCUCUUUAAUAAGUUAUUCUGCUCUCUCAUUUUGCCAAAAACAUUUUGUAAAAACAAAAAUUUAAAUUAAAAUCAUAAUUUUCAAAGUGCUCUGUAUUCAAAUAAUGGCAGGUGGUUUGUGUUGCAUCAUGGACACAGUUGAAAUCGAGUGUCAAAUUACAAUGCACAUACGGAAAUGUAUCUUUUUUUUUAGUUGUAUUAUUCCAUUCAAUGUGCGAGAGCCUUAUAAAAUGUCACAUAUUA